AUGGAGACUGCCACGAGAGAUGAGCCUGUCUGCAACCACACAGAUGCAUGGGACUGGGUUUACACCAUGCAGCCUGCCUACAUGUCCAUCAUCUGCCUCUUCGGAGUGAUCGGGAACUCCUUUGUGCUAUGUGUGUUCUGUCUCCAGAAGCGACGCAGCACUGUGGCCGACAUCUACCUGAGCAACCUGGCAGCAGCUGAUCUCCUCAUGGUCUCCUGCCUGCCGUUCUGGGUAGCAACCGUUAUCAACAAGUUCCACUGGAGGUUUGGGGAGCCCAUGUGCCAGCUUAUCAACAUUGUCAUUGGGAUGAAUUAUUAUUGCAGUGUGCUGUUCCUUACGCUUGUGAGUGUAGACAGAUACCUGGCACUUACCAGACCCCUAACCCAUGGGAGAGAGAGACGGGCCUUCUGGGCACAUGGGAUUUGCUUCACUAUCUGGAUUGCUGGGGUCUUGCUCAGUAUCCCUGCUGUCUUCUUUCGCUCCGUACAGUUUUUCCCUGAUCUGGGCGUUGAAGCAUGCUACCUAGCAUAUCCACAUGAAGGCUGGAGACUGCGCUACAACGUGACUGUCAGCACUGUGGGCUUCCUUAUCCCCGUUCCUAUUGUGUCCUUUUGUAGUUACCACAUCACUAAAGUCCUUCGCCACAGCCAGAAGCUGAGACAAGGAAGCAGAGGCAGUGUGGAAAGCAAAGCGGCAUAUCUUGUUCUUGUUGUUUUGGCUGUGUUUAUUCUCUGCUGGCUGCCCUACCAGGUUUUGAUCUUCUUGGACACCUUGGAUCAUUAUGAAGUUGUCUCUGGAUGUACUUGGGCGUACGUGUUGGACAUUGGAAACCAGUUGGCUACUUACCUUGGUUAUAGUAACAGCUCAUUAAAUCCUUUCCUGUAUGUGAUUGUGGGGAAGCACUUCAAGCAGAGGGCAAGGGAAGUGUUUAGACGUGUGCUGUGCAGGAGGAAAAGGCAGUGUGGGAAGUCCGGUCGCUCCAAUGCCAAUCUCAACUCAACUAAACAAACAGAGAGUACUAAAUUCUAA